AUGGAUAAGGUUGAUACGACAUCCAGGCUCUCUCACCUGAGGAGCUUGAUGAAGGACCGCAACGUCCAAGUCUACGUAAUUCCCUCCGAGGAUAGUCACUCUUCUGAGUACAUCGCAGAAUGUGAUGCCCGGCGCGAGUUCAUCUCUGGGUUCACGGGCUCAGCCGGAUGUGCUGUUAUUACUCUGCAAUCUGCCGCUCUUGCGACAGACGGUCGCUACUUCAACCAGGCCGCGUCCCAGUUGGACAGCAACUGGACUUUACUCAAGCAGGGCCUCCAAGAUGUUCCUACCUGGCAGGAAUGGUCUGCUGAGCAGUCUGCAGGUGGUAAGAAUGUUGCCGUCGACCCGUCGCUCAUCUCGGGCUCUACGGCUAAGAAUCUGGCCGACAAGAUUCACAAGAGCGGUGGCGCAGAAUUGAUACCCAUUGACGAUAAUUUGGUUGAUCUAGUUUGGGGCGCAGACCGCCCGGCCCGACCUAGUGAGGCUGUCUCCGUUCAACCCGAUACACUCGCUGGAGAAUCGGUGAAGAACAAGCUCACCAAGCUUCGCCAAGAGCUCGAGAAGAAGCACUCCCCCGGCUUUGUUGUCUCUAUGCUUGAUGAAAUCGCUUGGCUUUUUAAUUUGCGAGGAAAUGAUAUCCCGUACAACCCGGUUUUCUUCUCCUACGCCAUCGUCACCCCUACUUCUGCCACGCUCUACAUCGACGACUCAAAGCUAAAUGAGAAGUGCCGCUCUCAUCUGGCCGCCAACAAUGUCAAUAUCAAGCCUUACGAUGCCAUUUUGAACGAUUCAAGGGAUUUGCAAGUUGCUGUCAGCAAGCAGGGCAGGUCUGAGGGUGGCAUCGCUCCUGGUAGCUUUCUCAUAUCUACUAAGGGCUCAUGGGCCCUCAAAACCGCACUGGGAGGGGAUUCAAUGGUUGACGAAGUUAGGAGCCCCAUUGGCGAUGCCAAGGCUAUCAAGACCGAAGCCGAAAUCGCAGGAAUGCGGUCCUGUCACGUCAGGGAUGGCGCCGCCCUGAUACAAUACUUUGCUUGGCUUGAGGAGCAGCUUGUGGUGAAGAAAAGCAAGCUCGACGAGGUGGAGGCUGCCGACGAACUUGAGAAACUUCGUUCCGUAAAGACUGACUUUGUUGGCCUUUCUUUCCCUACCAUUUCCUCUACCGGUGCGAAUGCUGCAAUUAUUCACUACGGUCCGGAAAGGGGCAAUUGUGCAACUAUCGAUCCUGAGGCGAUAUACCUGUGCGACUCCGGUGCCCAAUAUCGUGAUGGAACAACGGAUACCACACGAACACUGCACUUCGGAACCCCGACAGAUGUCGAAAAGGAGUCAUAUACCCUUGUUCUAAAGGGACAUAUCGGUCUAGACUUAGCCGUCUUCCCCAAGGGGACUACCGGGUUCGCACUCGACUGUUUGGCUCGACAACACCUCUGGAAAAAUGGACUAGACUACAGGCACGGCACGGGUCACGGCAUCGGGUCGUUCUUAAACGUUCACGAAGGCCCAAUUGGCAUCGGCACCCGUGUGCAGUUCGCCGAGGUUGCACUCGCCCCUGGAAAUGUGAUAUCUAAUGAGCCUGGAUUCUACGAAGAUGGAAAGUUCGGCAUCCGAAUCGAAAACGUCAUCAUCGUCAAGGAAGUCAAGACCAAACAUUCAUUUGGGGACAAACCAUUCCUUGGGUUUGAGCACGUCACGAUGGUCCCGUACUGCCGCAACCUUAUCGACGUGAACUUACUCACGGAGGCUGAGAAGGCAUGGCUCAACGCUUACCAUGUCGAGGUCUUAGACAAGACUCGAAGUUAUUUCGAGAACGACCAGGUGACACUGGCUUGGCUCAAGCGAGAGACGAACCCGAUCUAG